AUGGAUGCAAACAAGCUACUACAGAGUGAUAAGUGUAAAGCGAUGCUUGUUGAGGCGCUUAAAUCGCAUAUCAAAAGACACGGGUUUGACAAGCAGAUCGAUGACUUUCUUAACAAUGUAGUCUAUUCAAAGAUGCAUGAUGCAGUAGACAGCAACGAGGCCUUUACAAUGCUGUACAACUUUGUUAUUGCGAAUCUUCCGCCUGAGGUGCAAUAUGAAUUCUAUUGCGAUGUGAGGAAUUUUAUAAGCGAGAAUGUAACGAUCGACGAGUGA